ACCCACACAAGUCAAGCUAGAAACAACAUGAUCUCUCUUCCAACUUGUUUCUUUCUAUAUUUCUCUCUUGCGCUGGAUUAUUUUUGUCAGGGUUCUGGAAAAGCUUCAACUUGACCAGUCUUUCAUAUUCGAUCUCUCUAGAUCUUAAUAUUUCAUAAUCAAUUUCUUUCUCGAUUCAGAGAAGUGAUUAUGUUGGGGAAGGAGAUUCGAAUUCAGUGACCUCGGGUGCGUUCAAGGGUUAUGAAAAAUAUAUAUGGAUGGAUUGCAGGUUAUGAAAUAUAAAUAGUGGGGUUUGCAGGUUAUUAGUAUGGCUUCUUCCUCUUCCUCUGCUGCUGCUAUCUCGUCACCUCCAAGAAAGUAUGAUGUGUUUCUUAGUUUCAGAGGUAAGGACACCCGCAACACUUUCACCAGCCACCUUCAUGCUGCUUUACUUCGAAAGAAACUUGACACCUACAUAGAUGACAAACUUGAGAGAGGGGAUGAAAUCAGACCUGCCCUUCUAGAAGCUAUUGAGAAAUCAAAGCUUUCGGUGAUCAUUUUCUCAAAAAGCUACGCUUCUUCCACAUGGUGUCUGGAUGAACUCGUCCAUAUACUAGGAUGCAAGGAAAGGGAUGGACAGUUUGUUAUACCCGUUUUUUACGACAUCAGUCCACAGGAUGUACGAAAACAACAGGGGAGUUAUGCAGAUGCAUUUGCCAAGCUUGAAGAACGUUUCAAGCUUGAAGAAGGUAUGGACAAGGUGCUUAAGUGGAGGGAUGCUUUGCAGAAAGCUGCCAACCUAUCUGGUUAUGAUUAUUCAAACAAAGCCGGGACAGAGGCUGAUUCCAUUGAGAAACUUGUCGAAGUUAUAUUGAACAAAUUGGAUUGCAAAAGCUCAAGUAAUUUAAAGGGCCUAGUUGAAAUUGAAACCAAAGUUGAUCAAAUUGAAUCGUUACUAUGCCUUGAUUCAUCGGAUGUUUGCAUUGUAGGUAUUUGGGGCAUGGGUGGUAUUGGCAAGACCACCCUUGCUGAUGUUGUAUAUCACCAACUUUCUUCCAAGUUUGAAGCUUGCUGUUUUCUUAAAAAUGUUAGAGAAAAUUCCGAAGGAAAAGAAGGAAUAUAUAAGUUACGAAAUGAACUUCUCCGUGAGAUUUUAGAUGAUAAAAAUUUAAAUAUUAAGACUCCAUCUAUAGGAUCAGAGCUUAUUAAAGGGAGGCUCCGUCGUACAAAGGUACUCAUUGUUCUUGACGACGUGAAUGAUUCAAGGCAAUUAGAACUUCUAGUUGGAGAUGAUCUUGAGUUUGGUGUCGGAAGUAGAAUCAUUAUAACAACUCGAGAUAGGAGCUUACUCAAUGAAAAGGUGGUUGAUGACAAAAUUUACGAGGUCAAGGGAUUGAAACAUGAUGGCGCUCUUCAGCUCUUUCAUUUGCAUGCUCUGAAAAAUAAGUCUCCUACGACAGUUUAUACAGAGUUUUCAAGAAAGGUGAUAGAUUAUAUUCAAGGCAUUCCAUUGGCUCUUAAAACUUUGGGUGCCUUAUUCCGUCGCUGCGAUACAGAAGAAGAUUGGGAUGAAGAAUUGAACAGAUUGAAAAAAUUUCCUAGCGAAAAAGUUCAGAAUGUGUUGAGACUUAGUUACGAUGGAUUAGAAGAAAAUGAGAAGGAAUGCUUUCUUGACAUUGCAUGCUUUCUGAAAGGGGCAGAUGUUUAUUACGCAAAAAGAAUAUUAGAUAUUCGGGGUUUCCUUGUGACGGGAAUCCAAAUUCUCAUUGACAAGUCUCUCAUAUCAAUUUCAGAGACGAAUUGCUUAGAGAUGCAUGAUUUGGUGCAUGAAAUGGGCCGGACAAUUGUUCGCGAACAAUGCAGGGACAAGCCAGGAAAACGUAGUAGGUUGUGGGCUGCUGAUGAUGUCUAUCACGUACUGGAGAAUGAUACGGGAACUUCAACAGUUCAAUGCAUAUCCUUUGACACGUCUAACAUUACACGGUUGGAAUUAUGUGGAUCACCCUUCAAGAAGAUGUCUAAUUUGAGAUUGUUGAUAAUUCAUGAUGCUAGUCUAAGACUCGCGUACAACUAUGGCUUAGGGUUGGGUGCAGCAGACGACUAUCUUCGUUGCUUUGACGAGGCGUUCAAGAAGAAGAUUCUGGACCUUUCUCAAGGUCUUCGGUCUCUUCCCAAUUCUCUCAGGUAUCUUUACUGGCAGGGAUACCCGUUCAAAUCUCUUCCAUCAAAUUUUUCUCCACAAAAUCUUGUUGAGCUUCGAAUGCCCGGCAGCUUUGUUGGGGCAGAACUUUGGAGUAAAAACCAGAAUCUUGGGAACUUAAAAGUGAUUGACCUAAGUUUUUGCAAGCAUCUGACUGAAGUUCCAGAUCUCUCUCGCAGUAAAAAAAUUGAGCAUAUAGUGCUUUAUGCCUGUAAAAGAUUGGUUCGAAUUCCUUCUUAUUUUAAAGAUCUUGACAAGCUUAGGUGGCUGAAUCUGGGAGAGUGCACAAGUCUAGAAUUCUUACCAGAGCUCCCAGUGCUAUGUUGUCUUGAAGCAAGUGGCUGCUGGAACUUGAAGACAGUUUCAAGUUCAAGAAAUUCACUCACACAAGCUUGGGAUAAAUAUGAAUUGUUUCGAGGGCGUUUUAACUUUGUUUGUUGCCGGAACUUGGAUGAAAAUGCAAGGACCAAUAUAAUGGCUGACACACAGUUAAGAAUUAUGCGAGUGGCAACUGGGCCAUUGAAAACUCAGCAACGUAAAGAAGAAGAAAUUGUCAUGGAAAUGACUUCAUCUAUCCCUGCCCGCUGUCGGACUUUAGGUAGCACCGACUCUGCUCGGACUUUAGUUAGCACUGUAUGUACAGGAAAUGAAAUUCCAAAUUGGUUCUGCCAUCAAAAUGAAGGAUCUUCGAUAACUAUCAAGCUUCCUCGAAAUUGGUAUUGUACAGAUUUUUUGGGUUUUGCUCUAUCUGUUGUUCUCGGUCGCAAUCUCGUUUAUAAUGAUCUGAUGCUUGGAUGCUCGUGCAAUUUUAAAACUAAUAGUGGUGAAAGCCAUAAAACCGUUUAUCCUCCCCAUAAUCCUUUUAAUGAAAGUGAGAUAACGCUUGUUGAGGGUCUCAGUAACAUAUUUGUGUGGUAUAAUGCCUUUGCACUUGGAGAGGGAGAAAAUUUAAAUCGCUCCACUUCUUUUUACAAACUUGUCACUGAGGCCUGUUUUCAGUUCAAGGUUGUGGGAGUCUUGUACCCUUGGGGAGUAGAUGUGAGAAAGUGUGGGAUCCGCCUGCUGUAUGCUCCAGAUGUCGAGACCAUCAAGUCGGGAGGAACUACAGGUUGGAGUAGCCAAAAAAUAAAAAAGAAGUUAGAAAUGAAAAAGUAAGAAUUUGAGCUCCUUAUCGUUUGUAAGCCUUGUGGCCGAGGGAUUCCUUGUAUUAGUCUCUGUUGUUGUAAUGCUUUGGCUCUCCAAGUAAUUUAUAGAAGGCGUUUUGAUAUAGGUGGUUCAAUUCUGAAUUUUGUAUGUCAAACAUUACUAGCUUUUGGCAUUUCUUUUUUUUACCAAUCGAUGUGAUGGGUUUAGCUAGAAA